AUAUAUAUAAUACCUGGAAAGAAAAUAUCCAUUUUAUUGUGGUUAUCAUCCUCUGUCCGAUCUAUUCUUUAUUAUAAAAGUAAAAAAUCUAACUUUCAUAAAAUAUAAUCAUCUACAAUGGCGAGAAACAAUAUAAUCUUUACGGCAAUAAUAGUACUCAUAACAUUAUUCUUUCAAGCCUCUGCUUUGGAUUUUUGGAGAGAGAGACCUGAAAAUGAUGUAAUACCAAGUAAAAAAUAUAACCAGCGGGUUGUUGUUAAUUACACGAUUCCCUCAAUUUCAAAUUGGACAACUCCAUCUCCAAAUUGGACAACAACAUGGAGUCCAAACUGGACCACACCAUGGAGUCCAAACUGGACAACUCCAUCUCCAAAUUGGACAACAACAUGGAGUCCAAACUGGACCACACCAUGGAGUCCAAAUUGGACAACUCCAUCUCCAAAUUGGACAACAACAUGGAGUCCAAACUGGACCACACCAUGGAGUCCAAACUGGACAACUCCAUCUCCAAGUUGGACAACAACAUGGAGUCCAAAUUGGACCACACCAUGGAGUCCAAACUGGACAACUCCAUCUCCAAGUUGGCCAACUACAUGGAGUCCAAACUGGACCACACCAUGGAGUCCAAACUGGACAACUCCAUCUCCAAGUUGGACAACAACACAGAGUCCAAACUGGACAACAACAUGGAGUCCAAACUGGACAACUCCAUCUCCAAGUUGGCCAACUACAUGGACUCCAAACUGGACCACACCAUGGAGUCCAAACUGGACAACUCCAUCCCCAAGUUGGACAACUACAUGGAGUCCAAACUGGACCACACCAUGGAGUCCAAAUUGGACAACUACAUGGAGUCCAAACUGGACCACACCAUUGUAUCCUAAUCGUACUACCAUUGUUCCACCCCCUCCACCACCACCAGGAUUUUUUGAAGAGAAGACUAGAAUAGUGUUUUCAUAUGUCAAGGAGAUUAUACGAAGAAGUUGGAAUGGACCCAGUGCUGAAACAGUGAAUAUCACCAGGGAAUUGAUUCCAGAAUUGCCGAAUAAUCUCUUGCCAUAAUUUAGAGUUUCAAUUUUUAAGCCUAAACAAUAAUGAAUAAAAAACAAUUAAAUUAAA